AUAACUGUAUAUACCUUAUUUAGUACAUCAAUAUACAGUUGCUGGCAAUAUAGCCACACUACAGUCAACAGCAAAGAACAAUCACAUUAGGGAGUGCCAGCCAUAUAUAUAUAUAUAUAUAUAUAUACGCUACGUUUUCACGCCCCAUACACGUUUGUGGUGUGAUAUAUUGAUCAACGAGCAGUUGAUGGGACACCUGGACUCACAUACGACCCACAUAUCAAUGUCAUAUUAAUUGCGAAGCAUUAAACAAAACAUCACAUAAUAAAUUAUAUCGGAUCUGUACACUUGAUCACACCGAUGUCUUGAGUAUAUUUGUUACCUUACAUUCCUAUAUAGAACACUACAAAACACUUAAAAAUUGAUACAUCCAUAUCCAGAGUAUUUCCAGGAUGACUCAAGAUCUCUCUAAUGAUCAGUCCAAGGACACCCAAACAUUGGCAGCUACCAUACAAGCAUUGACAUCCGCAGUAGUGCAUCUCCAACAGAGCGUUGACAGAUUAGAGAAGCGUCUAUCCGACGAAGAUGAGCGAGACCUCAACAAACGUGAAAGCAAGAGCACGGCACGUUUCUACUCGUUCCACCAGAACUUCAUUGCGGGGAGUGUGGCACUACCACUGUCAUUUGCCGUCACACACCCUCUCGACACCAUCAAGACACGCAUGCAGGCCAGGCACACGGGCACACCAGCCAAUGGCGCAAAUGGAACUGGCUCAUUCUGGAAUCAAAUAAAAUCAUCCUUCAAAAGCGGUGGCGCCACUAGGGCUCUGGGCAAAGGGUUUCUGCCAAGUGUGCUGGGGGCAGCGCCACAGGGUGGGCUCCGUCUAGCAGUGUACGGUACAGUGCAGAAUAAGCUGCACCCGUACUUUGACCUGCCCAUGUUUCAGAACGCCAUCGCGGCGGUUGCGGGUGACGUCAGCAGUAGUGUGGUGAAAGUGCCGCGGGAGAUUAUAGUACAACGUUUGCAAACGGGUCUAUACACGAGUACAGCGCACGCGGUAAGAUCGAUCUUUGCUGAGGAGGGCAUGCGAGGGUUCUUCGCAGGUUACUGGUCAACUGCGAUCCGUGACAUUCCGUUUAUGAUUAUAUUGUUUACCUCGUACGAGCAAUUCAAAACGUGGAAGCUGAGAUUCACAACGACAUCCUCGCGGCAAGGUUUAGAGGAAGACAGGGAGUGGAGUGACCUGGAGACUGUACUGUGGGGUGGGGUGUCCGGUGGUUUGGCAGGCUUUUCCACGACACCGUUUGAUGUCAUCAAAACACGCAUCAUGACAGAGACCACAGCAGGAGACGGCAGGAAAAUGAAGGUUGUGCUUAACAGUAUUCUCAAGGAGGACGGGUUGCGUGGCUUGUUCAUUGGUGCAGGGGCUCGUAGUACCUGGUGGUUUUGUGUGUGCAGUGUUUUCUUCUACACGUUUGAACGGGUACGCACACACGUGCACAACACCUUCAGCGAGGACUUCAAUUCGCUCAACAGGUACAACUCGAGUAAGCAGGCCGAUGGCACACGCGCAGCUACGCUCCUGUGAGAAACAUUCGGCAUUCGGUAUAUAGUUCUGGACAAUAAAUAUUAGGUACAUAACGAUUCAUAAUCGUGUCCAGCUCAUUGAAGCGACGAUGGCACAUGUGUACAGCACUUUGGUCGACGACAUCCAACUCGCGGAGAAGACUCAACUGGAAUAAGCAAGGCCAAGGUGAAAGUACAGGCACACUUCUGCAUGAGGAAAUAGGCAUUUGGAAGAGAACUGAGCUGCUUGAUUAUUACAUUCUAUAUUGUAGCAUCCUAGAACUCAAUAAAAG